AUGUGGCGGGCGGGGGCGGCGGGCGCGGUGCGCGCCGCGGGACGGGCGGUGGCGGCGGGGCCGCGGCGGCGGAGCGGCACCGGGGGCGUCCCGAGGGCGGGCACGGCCGCCACCAACAGCGGCCGGAUCACGCAAUUGCAAUUUUCUUCAGAUGUGAAGAGCAGGACUGUUUGGUUCAUGAAUUUGAGAAAUGUAGGAACUGUGAGUGACACAAGCUCUUUAGAUGAGACCACCUAUGAGAAACUGGCUGAAGAAACACUGGAUUCCUUAGCAGAUUUCUUUGAGGACCUGACAGAUAAACCUUUUACCCCAGAAGAUUAUGAUGUCUCUUUAGGGAGUGGAGUACUAACAGUAAAAUUGGGUGGAGACAUGGGAACAUAUGUAAUCAAUAAGCAAACACCAAACCGGCAGAUUUGGCUGUCCUCACCCACUAGUGGGCCCAAGCGCUAUGACUGGACUGGACGGAACUGGGUAUAUUCUCAUGACAGAGUAUCUCUUCAUGAACUACUAUCAAAAGAGUUUUCUGCAGCUUUAAAAACUAAAUUGGAUUUGUCCUGCUUAAUGUAUUCUGGGAAAGAAGAUACUUGAUUGUAUUCUACCUCGUGGAAGUUUAAAGACUUUAACCUCAAGCGAAACUCUUUCUUGGGCUGAAGUACCUGAGCUUAAAUCUGUUGUUUUUCUUGGCGUCAAUACGUUGUGCAACAAAAAUGAAAAUAAUAUAUUUUUUCUCUAGUGCUCAA